AACGCCUUGCUCUCUCACCACAACUAUUUUCUAAAGCCACAGAGAUUAUCAGCCGAGUUCUCAAGAGUGUUUUUCCUGUUAAUGAUAUAGAAGUCUUGUUAAUCUGUCACUAGAACCGUAAAAACGCCCUUAAAACUCAUAACUUCAACUAGAGGCUUUUUUUUGGAUGUAGUCAGGAUGCUGGCAAAAGUGUUUCGGAAUAUUUUCCUUUCGGUUGUUUUUAAUUUUACUGUUUGCCACAAUGAAAUUUCUAGUGAAUGAAGACACGAUUAGCAGUAAACCAACAGCAUUUUGGCUCGUAACAUAAAGCAAUGAACUGAGUGUUUUGUGUACAGCUUUAAAGAAGUGUUCAUAAAGAGAGGCACUGUGCACGAGUCAAGGUUGAAAACUUUGUAAGGGAAGAAAGUGUUUAGAGAGUGACCUGAGUUGAGCUGUAUUUUCUUUAGUAUAAUAGCCGGGACAUGUGACAUGAUGGCAUCCCUAACUUUCACUCUACCAACAAAAGAGGGUGGAGGUUGGGAGAAAUUUCCGGAAAUCUGUGUUUGUUGGUUUGGGAAGGCAAUAUGAAUAAUUUAUAGGGUAAAAAUUUACAAAAACUUUUUACAUAACCCCCCUUCCCCCAAUAAGCUUAGGGGACCUGUGGGGAAGAGGGGGUUUGGAGAGGACACAGAUAACCAAAUUAAGGCAAAUUUGGACAUUCAUGAAAAAAUCAAAGAAUGAGACACCAUGUUUUGAUAGGUGGGGAAAUUUCUAACUUAAGCUGGGAACUUUGCCCCCUUUGGACUCCCAUUAAGUACAGUAAAAUAAUCUAAGCUUAUGAAGCCCCCCUGGAUCCCCCUUAAGGACACUAACCUAACCUAGCAUUACCUAAUCUAAUCUAACCUAGCAUUAACUUAACAUUACCUAACCUAAUCUAAAAAUUACCUAACCUAACCAGUACAUACCAUGGCAAUCACACAUUAUUUCUCACAGCUGGCAUCUGAAAUCAUCAUAUACUUAGAAAUAAGGUACAUUAACACUCAUCAGGAGAGGAAAUACUACCAAACUUCAAGGUUGUGAAGGUGAAAGCUGCCAUUUUCAAAGGCAUAUCAAGAAAUGUAGAUCACAAUCUUCCAAACUUUCCAUGAUGACGGCUGGAGUCAAACUGGCAUGAUGACAUGACAUCCUCCUCUCACAGGGCAGGGUGGAAUAAUACCCUCAUGGUGUCCUUUAUAUGUCUCGCAGAUAAAAUGUACCUCAUAAUAAAAUGCUUAUAGUUUCAAUAGUUUCAGUACAACAAAUAAGCUGAGCUUUAUGCGUGGACAAAAUUUUUUUUUAUAUAUUUCAUUCACAUAUGAACUACUUCCUGACGUGGAUAGGAAGUGUUCCAGGGCUCAGUGUAUGAAAGGAGCCGUACUGUGCACACAAUUUGUGGAUUUAGCAUCUGGGAGGCAUCUCUGUUUUCAGCGUGGAUUUGUUAAUGCUGGAGUUCCCUGCCUGCUUCUGUGUUUCCUCUUGCAUAUGACAAACUGUUUUAAGAGGGAAGUGUCAAGGAUGAACUUCAUGUCACCAUGCCUGAGUCCCAGUGUGUCGAGCAGCAAGCCCUGUGCAGAUGGCUAUGACAUCCAGAAUCUGAUCAGUGGCACCAAAGGGUUCAUGGGUGCAUACUUCAUCCGGCCUCCUGUGGAUAUAUCUGUGGUAUUCCCCGUGCCUAUUGACAUCAGCUGCAUCAAAAUGGUGGCAAGAGUGGAGCAGAAGUGUAGCACAGGAUUCCUAGUCUUCACUGAACCUGAGGACAUCUCUUCAUCUCAGUCACAGAAUGCUGCCCAUCCCAGUCAAGUCAGUAGCUCAAAGGAUAGUUCAAAUGAACCCUCCACCAGCCAUGGUCACUCCUUUGUACUGAAUGAGUUCAUAGAAGAUUCCUAUAAAUCUUCAGUAACAGCAUCAGACAAAGACAAAGAUACAAGUGAGAUAUAUUUGUGUGUUGGCAAAUUUUACACCAAGAAUGAGGAUGAGUUAGUGCUCAAAAACCAUCACUAUAGGCACUGGUUAAGACUUCCCAUGCCAGAUACAAAGAGCAGCAUGAAGGGUCAGAGUUUAUUUCAUGGUUCUUUGAGACAUACAAACCGGAAGGCAUUGAAAUGUGUUAAAAGUAUGUUAAUAAGAAUACAAAGCACAUCAGAAAGAGCCUGUCCACCUGUCUUACAUUCACUUGAAGUGUGGGGACAGCCAGGCAUAAGCACAAAUAAGAGUAAAAGAAGAGAACUGUUAAAACAAUGGAAAACAUACAAACCCAUCACCAAGGUCGAGCCAGAUGUCCCUCGGCUCUACAACUCAAGUCCAGAAGAAAAAAUGACUGAAAAAUCACAAAAUGAUGACUUGAACAAUAGAGAUCUGCUGGAGAUACCCGAGGACUUCCUGGACCCUUUAACAUGCGACAUCAUGACAGUACCAUUGCUCCUGCCCUCUGGCAACUCCAUUGAUGCUCACACUCUGGAAAGAUACAUUGCUGGUGAAGCCACUUGGGGACGACCUGCCUCUGACCCCUUCACUGGCGUUCCCUUCAGGGGAGACAAGCAACCUGUGCCAAAUGUGUCCCUCAAGGCUCGGAUUGACAGGUUUCUCCUUGCUAAUGGGGAACAUCCAGACAUCGAAAGCUGUGGCCGGACAGUUGGUUCCUCCCUGAGCAGUGGUGAGGCUGGUGACAGUAUGAAUAGUGCAAAUAACAAAAGAGUGUGUCUAGAGUAUUCAGGAGAGGAUGAACUGGAUCAUCCUAAUAAUAAAAGGAAGGUUGGUAGAGUAGAAAUAGAUACUAAAGUAAUACCAGUAGAAGGUAGCAGUGCACUGGAUGAUCCAAAAAACAAUUCUUUUGAUGAUUUGAGUAUGGAAAUUGAAGCAGCUCUUAAAGGAAAACCAAAGUACUUGCCAACUCAGAUGAGUACUCAGAAGCAAAAAGAAGACAAAGAAGAAACAGGUAAGGUAUCUUUAUCCUCCAGUACCCGAGGUUAUAAGAUGCACUCUAAAGUAUUACGUGCACAAACAGUAAAGAACAAAAGAGAUGCGGUAACAAGGCCAGGCCAGUGUUUGUCAGGACCUGAGAGUUCAUCAAGUAGCCAUCAUGGUAUAGUCCAGAUGAUAGGAGGCAUCUUAUCUGUUACUCAGGGCAGGACAGCGAGAGUCAAAAGGUUACCAGCUCAUCAUGUUAACGAAAGACCAAGUCAUCUUAUUCAUGGUGACAAGCCAUCACAGAAUUAUACAUAUCCCUUCAGACAGUCUGUAUCAUGUUCAUGUGGGGGUACAGAGGCUCUGUAUAAGCUUGAUUGUGAACACUUGCUGUGUCGUACAUGUUUGCUUAAGGAACAGAGUCAUAAAGCAGAAGUGGAGUGUGGGACUUGCAAAAGGACUUGUAAAAAAUCAAGUAUAUCAAAAUAUCAUACAAAAAGUAUAUUCUCUACUUGACAUACAUCAAUCUCUGUGAUAGAUAGGAAGCCUGAUAGUUACACCUCUGAUAAAAGUAAGGGGUGAAGGUGCCUUAUUAAGGUGAAGGUUGCUGUUCUUAGUGUUAUGUCCUCCAAAGUCCCUCUCCCCAAGUCUUUGUUUGUAGGUUCCUGAUGAACUUGUUUACUUUCAGUUAAAAAGAGGAUGGCAAUUGGUCUCCUAAUUAAAAGUUGCAGUUCUUUCCAUUAUUCAUACUAAUGGUGAACUGGAGGAAGAGUAUAGACUCAGAUAUGCAGGUUUUCCAGAGCUGUAAAGCUGGCGUGGCAUUACAUUUGUAAGGUAAUUGGGUUGUAGAAUAAUUGCUUAGCCAAACAGCACUUGUAUUGAGUAAGAGUUUCGUGUUUCUGUUAUCCAUUGGGUUGAGUUGGGGAUUGAAAAUUCCACAUCAUCUGUUAAUACUUUUAAUAAAAAGAAUCCAUAACCCCAAA